UUAAGCUGUGUGACUCUGUGAGGUUGGGUCCUGGGAUAUCAUAGUUUUUCAUCCAGGUAAAAUGGACCUGGGGAUCAAGCUGCUUGGGCUUAUGAGGUGUUGAGUGAGUAUUUCUGGUCUUGGUUCAGAUGUUUGUUUCUGGAGUUCCUUUGGAAGCAAUGACUGCCAAUCUGAGGAGAGGAUAAUUCCCACUUCCAUCCUCAGAGGGAGAGGCUGUGAGUAAAUGAGCUGUUCCGUGUUUACAACAGUAGAUAUAGACCCUGAGUUUGGUGUUCAAACUGUGUUUGGAAAUUCCUCCCCCCCCCCCCCCCCUCACUGUCACACAGUGGAAAUCAGGCAGCUGUGCUGGAGAUCUACACUAAAAACUGAAAAUAUUUGAAGUCAUUCUGAUGAAAUGUUAUUAAUUGAAUUGUAUUGUAAGCUAUUCCUUACCUGCUGAGUAUUUCUGGUAUUUAUGUCAGAAAUUAAUAUAUUCAUGAUUGCUAAGUACCUUCAGGCUAACAGGAGGAAGACAGGAAUAUGGUGUUGGAAUGAAAAUCAGCCGUGGUUGAGUGGUGGGCAGACCAGAUGGAUCGAAUCACCUAAUUCUCUUCCUGUGUCUUAUGUCUUACCAUGACUGAAUGACGGCUCCUUCUUAUCCCAUAUCGUCUGUGUCAUGUGAGGGACAAUAAAAGAUUGUUCACUGAGAUCAUUAUAUUUACCUUCAAUGUUUAAAUUUCAGUGAGUUUUGUUCCUAGUAACAUUAAGCAGAAAUGUUUGGUCCUACUUUUCAUUGUUAACGUGCUUCAUUAUCUUACAUGUUAAAGUUAGACCUGCAGUGAGAGAUUUAUUGGAAGAAAAACCACGACUGAAGUCGAGGGAACAGCAACAAGUGAACCAGCCCGAGGAUUGAGAGCACCGACUGGAGAGAACCCAUCUGACUCGGAGAUUCCAGUGAUUCAGUCAGGAGAAAGUUUGCUGUGCGGACCAACUAUUCAUCUGGGCAGGAAACGUUUGCAUGGCUUCAAAACUGUGGCACUUCACAUUGACAAUAGAUAAAAGAAAAUCCCAGCUGCACGUCAACAAAGGGUAUUUGUGUGAGUCUGUUUCAGUUACUGUGGGGCCAGGCACUCUUGCAGCUCAGUGGGAACAGGGAACAAUACCAAUGGAGAGAGUCAAACUGAGCCAGGUCACAGAUUGGUGACGGCAGAAAUGCCCCAUUCUUAUAGAGACAGGAAGAUCAUCAGAGAGUUUGAUGGUCAUUCCAGAUACCUGCACUGUGCCCAGCUGGAAGAUGACUUCUCUCUCCAACUUGGGUUGAACCUCACUGUAACAGUGUGAUGCCAGAUCACACCUUGACACCUCAAGUAAUCUCGUCUGACAUAUUGUCCUUCACCCAUUGAUGUACUAUAAAUCUUUUUCAGGUUAAAAACAACAAGGAAAUUAUCUACGGGGAGGUCAAACACAACACGCUGUUUUGUUGUCUAUGUCCAGAUAUUUAAGAAGUGGAACAAGGGAUUCACUCGAUCAUCAUUCCUACUCAGGCUGUGGGGAGUGAUUCACUCGAUCAUUAUUCCUAUUCAGACUGGGGGAGAGUUUCACUCGAUCGUUAUUCCUAUUCAGGCUGUGGGGAGUGAUUCACUCAAUCAUUAUUCCUAUUCAGACUGUGGGAGAGAUUCAUCGAUCAUCUGACCGACUGACAUGCAGUCAAUUUACACGGGGGGAAUCCAUUUAUCUGCUCAGUCAUCCACCCUAAUGGCUCACCAGCGAGUUCACACCGGGGUGCGGCCAUUCACCUGCUCAGACUGUGGGAAGGGAUUCACGUUGUCAGCUCACCUACUGAGUCAUCAGUCAGUUCACACGGGUGAGAGGCCAUUCACCUGCUCUGACUGUGGGAAAGGAUUCUCUUUGUCAUCUAAUCUUAAGCUACAUCAGCGAGUUCACUCUGGGGAGAGGCCGUUCACCUGCUCAGACUGUGGGAAGGGAUUGGCGUUGUCUUCCCACCUACUGAGACAUCAGUUAGCACACACUGGGGAGAGGCCGUUCACCUGCUCAGACUGUGGAAAAGGAUUCACUCAGUCAUCCCACCUACAAGCACAUCAGCGAGUUCACACUGGGGAGAGGUCGUUCACCUGCUCAGAGUGUGGGAAGGGAUUCGCGUUGUCAUCUCACCUACUGAGACAUCAAUUAGUACACACUGGUGAGAGGCCGUUCACCUGCUCAGACUGUGGGAAAAGAUUCACUUUAUCAUCUCAACUUAAGGUACAUCAGCGAGUUCACACUGGUGAGAGGCCGUUCACCUGCUCGGACUGUGGAAAAGGAUUCACUCAGUCAUCCCACCUAGAAGCACAUCAGCGAGUUCACACUGGGGAGAGGCCAUUCACCUGCUUAGACUGUGGGAAGGCAUUCACACAGUUUGCUACCCUACAAGCACACUGGUCAGUUCACACUGGGGAGAGGCCGUUCACCUGCUCAGACUGUGGGAAAGGAUUCACUUCGUCAUAUAAGCUUAAGGUACAUCAGCGAGUUCACACUGGGGAGAAGCCAUUCUCCUGCUUAGACUGUGGGAAGGGAUUUGCGUUGUCAUCUCACCUACUGAGACAUCAGUUAGUACACACUGGUGAGAGGCCGUUCACCUGCUCAGACUGUGGGAAAGGAUUCACUUCAUCAUAUAAACGUAAGGUACAUCAGCGAGUUCACAUGGGGGAGAGGCCAUUCACCUGCUCAGACUGUGGGAAAAGAUUCACUUCGUCAUCUCAACUGGAGAUUCAUCAGCAAGUUCACACUGGGGAGAGGCCGUUCACCUGCUCAGACUGUGGGAAAGGAUUCACUCAGUCAUCCCACCUACAAGCACAUCAGCGAGUUCACACUGGGGAGAGGCCAUUCACCUGCUCAGACUGUGGGAAAGGAUUCACUCAGUCAUCCCACCUACAAGCACAUCAGCGAGUUCACACUGGGGAGAGGCCAUUCACCUGCUCGGACUGUGGGAAAGGAUUCACUCAGUCAUCCCACCUGCGAGCACAUCAGCGAGUUCACACUGGUGAGAAGCCGUUCACCUGCUCGGACUGUGGGAAGGGAUUCACUCAGUCAUCCCACCUACAAGCACAUCAGCGAGUUCACACUGGAGAGAGGCCGUUCACCUGCUCAGAAUGUGGGAAAAGAUUCACUUUGUCAUCUCAACUUAAGGUACAUCAGCGAGUUCACACUGGGGAGAGGCCAUUCACCUGCUCAGACUAUGGAAAAGGAUUCACUCAGUCAUCCCACCUGCGAGCACACUACUCAGUUCACACCGGGGAGACUACAGACACCUGCUCGGACUUUGGGAAGAGAUUCUCUCAAUAUUUAAGAAGUGGAGCUGGGGUUUCAGUCAAUCAUCCUUCCUGCUUAGACUGUCAGGAGGGAUUCACUCGAUCAUCUGACCAACUGACACCGGAGUGUGGCUGUUCACCUGCUCAGACUGGGAAGCGAUUCACUGAAUUAUCUCGACUGAAGAUACAUCAGCGAGUUCACUCCGGAGAGAGGCCAUUCAACUGCUCAGACUGUGGGAAGGGAUUUGCUCAGUCAUCUCAACUGAAGGUACACCAAAGAAUUCACACUGGGGAGAAGCCGUUCACCUGCUCGGACUGUGGCAAGGCAUUCACUUCAUCAGCUCACUUACUGAGACACCAGUCAGUUCACACCGGAGAGUGGCCGUUCACCUGCUCAGACUGCGGGAAGGGAUUCUCCGAAUUACCUCAACUUAAGGUACAUCAGCGAGUUCACACUGGGGAGAGGCCAUUCACCUGCUCAGACUGUGGGAAGCGAUUCGCUUCGUCAUCCCAUCUGAAGAUACAUCAGCGAGUUCACACUGGAGGGAGGCCAUUCACCUGCUCAGACUGUGGGAAGGGAUUUGCUUCGUCAUCCCAUCUGAAGAUAAAUCAGCGAGUUCACACUGGAGAGAGGCCGUUCACCUGCUCAGUCUGUGGGAAGGGAUUCACUCAGACAUCUCAACUGAAGGCACACCAGGGAGUUCACACCGGAGAGUGGGCAAUCACCUGCUCGGACUGUGGGAAGGGAUUCACUUGCUCAUCCCAUCUGAAGGUACAUCAGCGAGUUCACACUGGAGAGAAGCCGUUCACCUGCUCAGACUGUGGGAAAGGAUUCGGUCAGUCAUCUCAACUGAAGUCACACCAGGGAGUUCACACCGGAGAGUGGCCAAUCACCUGCUCAGACUGUGGGAAGGGAUUCACUUCGUCAUCCCAUCUGAAGAUACAUCAGCGAGUUCACACUGGAGAGAAGCCGUUCACCUGCUCAGACUGUGGGAAAGGAUUCACUCAGUUAUCUCAACUGAAGGCACACCAGGGAGUUCACACUGGAGAGUGGCCAAUCACCUGUUCAGACAGUGGGAAGGGAUUCGCUUCGUCAUCCCAUCUGAAGAUACAUCAGCGAGUUCACACUGGUGAGAGGUCGUUCACCUGCUCAGACUGUGGGAAGGGAUUCAUUUUGUCAUCCCAUCUGAAGAUACAUCAGCGAGUUCACACUGGUGAGAGGCCAUUCACCUGUUCAGACUGUGGGAAGGGUUUCACUUCAUCAUCCCAUCUGAAGAUACAUCAGCGAGUUCACACUGGUGAGGGGCCGUUCACCUGCUCAGACUGUGGGAAAGGAUUCACUCAGUCAUCCAUCCUAAAGGCACACCAGCGACUUCACACUGGGUAGAGACCGAUCUGCUCAGACUUUGGGAAAAGAUUCUCUCAGCCAAAUCAACCAGUGUGCAUCACUGAGUUCACACUGGGGAGAGGCCAUUCACCGGCUGUGAAUGUAGGAAGCGAUUCACUCAGUCAUCUAAUCUUAUGUAGCCCUCAGUUCUGCUGGCAGCUUAACAGAGGGGGUUAUAGCCUGCCCACCCCAGUCUGGCCAAACUGAAGAAUCUCGUUUGGGUGGAUAGUGAGUGAUGUGUCCCCUUUCUGUGAACUGUCUCUUUAAAAUGCAAAGAGAACCGAGACUGACUUUGGACACGCUGUUGGAUUUCUGCAGAAGUGCUGGGUUGCUAUGGUGACCAGCUAAUGUUUAUGUUCUGUGUGGUUAAGCAAGGUCAGAAUGAUCCUUUACCGACACAGAACAAGCAAGCGACUUCUUACAGAGAGAGGGGGCGGAGCUACGUGAUGGACAGAUGGUGUUCAGCACAACGGUAUUUAAACACACGUAACUGCUUUUCUCGCAGGGCACGCAGACGCUCAAAGGCUAGUGAUGAAAGUUUCUGAUAGUUGGACUUUCUUGUACCCACAAGGGUGGGAUUUGAGGAUCGAUAAUCUGUGGCUGUUAGUGCGUGUAAGAGCGACCCUAUGGGAUCUACCGGUGAGUCUAACCCUUGCCUGGGUUGGCACCUUGAAGAAGGUGCUCUUGAGUUGGUCACGUCUGGCUAACUUGGAAGAUUUGAUGGGCAUUGGAAAAGGUCGACAACACCUGUUUACUUGGAUUACAUCUCCCUCACCCUCGCCCUCUCCUUCCCUCCCUCCCUCCUCCCCC